UUUUCCUUGAUAUUCUUUCAUUCUGUCAAUUUACAGACUAAACUUUGGUAGUGUUAAUAGAUACUGGCAGUAUUUAGCUGUACAUUAACAGUCCUCCAUCAGGGAAGGACUGGAGAAGUUAUGUCCUGUUGCAGAUCAGUAGAAUCAUUAUUGGCAACUUAAUUUCAUUGUGGAGACUGUCAGAUGACAAAAGCUCUUUUUUGAUUCUUAUAAUUGAUUAUCUGGAAUCUGAUCUGUUCUGGUUGUGGACCCCCCAAGGUUAAGAUCUAUACCAUCCAGGACUUGCUGAAUGGGCUGUUUUCUUACCAUGUGUCCCUGCCUCUGGAGACUCUUGUUAGUUGGAGCAUAGUUGUUAUUUUAAGGUUUUUAGGUUUUUAUGCUGCCUGUGUACCCUCAGUCAGCAGUCACCAGUUCAGAAUUUCUAAACUUAUCCAGCAAGCCUCUAAUGGCAAACCUUUAAAAGGGGUGGUAGGGGUAAGGGAGGGCUUAAAACAGAAAAAAGAUAGAAGAUUUUUAAAGCUGUUCAGAUCAGAGCAAAACAAAAGGAAAAAAGACUCACAGCCCUGGUGUGCCUGGAAUUUGUGGUUGAGUAAUACUUUUCCUGUUAUUUCUUUUUUAGGUUGUUUUUCAUCAUUCAGAACGUUGCCUGAAGCAGGUCCACCAUGCCGUUAGUAACGAGGAACAUCGAGCCAAGGCACCUGUGCCGUCAGACGUUGCCUAGCGUUAGAAGCGAGCUGGAAUGCAUGACCAACAUCACCCUGGCAAAUGUCAUCCGACAGCUGGGCAGCCUGAGUAAAUAUGCCGAGGACAUUUUUGGAGAGCUCUUCACUCAGGCAAAUACUUUUGCCUCUCGAGUAAGCUCCCUUGCUGAGAGGGUCGACCGCCUACAAGUUAAAGUCACUCAGCUGGAUCCCAAGGAAGAAGAAGUGUCACUACAAGGAAUCAACACCCGAAAGGCCUUCAGAAGCUCUACCGUUCAAGACCAGAAGCUUUUUGACAGAAACUCUCUCCCCAUACCUGUCUUGGAAACAUACAACACCUGUGAUACUCCUCCACCUCUCAACAAUCUGACCCCUUACAGGGACGAUGGGAAAGAGGCACUCAAAUUCUACACAGACCCUUCGUACUUCUUUGAUCUUUGGAAGGAGAAGAUGCUGCAGGACACCAAGGAUAUCAUGAAAGAGAAGAGAAAGCAUAGGAAAGAGAAGAAGGAUAAUCCAAAUCGAGGAAAUGUAAACCCACGUAAAAUCAAGACACGUAAGGAAGAGUGGGAGAAAAUGAAGAUGGGUCAAGAAUUUGUAGAAUCCAAAGAAAAGCUGGGGCCUUCUGGGUAUCCACCCACCUUGGUGUACCAGAAUGGCAGCGUUGGGUCUGUUGAUAACGUGGAUGCAAGCAACUACCCACCACCACCACAGUCAGACUCCACUUCUCCGCCUUCUCCUUCCUUCUCUGAGGACAGCUUGCCUCCCCCACCAGCAGAAUUCAGCUACCCAGCAGACAGUAUCCAAAGAGGGUCUGGCUUAGCUGGGCCCAAAAGAUCCAGUGUGGUCAGCCCAAGCCAUCCACCACCAGCUCCUCCUCUGGGCUCUCCGCCAGGCCCCAAACCUGGGUUUGCUCCACCACCUGCCCCUCCGCCUCCACCUCCGAUGAUGAGCACUCCACCCCCACCACCGCUUGGAGGAUUUGGGUCUCCAGGGACGCCACCACCACCUUCACCCCCAUCUUUCCCACCUCACCCCGAUUUUGCUGCCCCUCCACCUCCUCCCCCACCGCCAGCAGCUGACUACUCACCUCUGCCACCACCUCCCUUGUCCCAACCAGCAGGAGGAGCACCUCCGCCUCCCCCGCCCCCCCCUCCUCCGGGGCCCCCUCCUCCCCCUUUCAGUGGUGCAGAUGGCCAGCCUGCUGCACCUCCACCACUUUCUGACACCACCAAGCCCAAGUCCUCCUUGCCUCCUGUGAGCGAUGCCCGCAGCGACUUGCUUUCAGCCAUCCGUCAAGGCUUUCAGCUGCGCAGGGUUGAGGAGCAGCGGGAACAAGAGAAGCGGGAUGUUGUGGGCAACGACGUGGCCACCAUCUUGUCACGUCGCAUUGCUGUGGAGUACAGCGACUCAGAAGAUGACUCCUCUGAGUUUGAUGAGGACGAGUGGUCGGAUUAACUCUUCUGCCUGCUGCCCGCUUCCUUUUUCUUUCCUUCCUACCUGCCUCCUUUGAUGCCUACCCCGACAGUCCCAAGGGGAAAAAAGGGAGGAAAAAAAGAAUCUCAAGGGGCCAGAGCCUUCCCUGAAGCAACCAAAGAUAUAUCCAAGUGCUUCCUCCAAAUCAACAUGUAUUUCCCAUCUCCCCGAGGUCAGGCCCAUGGGGCUCCUGAGGUUCAGUAGCUGAGAUAUUCCCUCUUCCCUUCAAGUGACUGUUGCAUAUUGAAGAGAAGGGAAAACCCCAAAGCAGAUCCCUUUGAUUGGAUUUAAAUUUGGAGUUGGUGCCUUCCCCUAGAAGCCAUUUUCUGUGGUCUUCUAGAAUCCUUGCCCUCAGCUACUUUGAAUAAUGCCAGCCAUCUUCUGGUCCUAAAGCCUGCCUGGACACAGCUGGCCCCUUUCCCAUGCACUGAGAGGGCGGAGCAGCCGCAUACCCCGUGCCUCCCCCUUCUGCCCUCAUCAGCAGGGUGAGGCUGCCUUUUGCUAAGCCAUCUCUAUGUCUGGAUGCCCUUUAUUCCAGGAGCCAUCCAGCCCCUAAAGAAAUGUCUUACCCCUCUGCUCAGAAACAAUGCCUUUCUGGAGGCAGGGGUGGUUCCCUCCCUCCCAGGGUCCCUCUCCUGAAUGUGGUGUUCCACGUUCCUUAAAUGCCCCUCCCUCACCACCAGGUGCCUCCAAGCACCACAGCCCGGUUCUAACCUCUAAUACUCACGACCAAACUAGCCCUGACACACAGGGAUCUGGGCCUCUUCUGGCUCUCGGGAGCCAAGCUUAGAGACUUGUAACUGCAGGACUGGAAAAAGGUGGAACUGGGUUGAAUGAUGCUGAAGCCUAGAGAUGGGAAGUGACUUGCUCAAGGUCACACAGUUGGAUGAUGACAGAGCUAGACCCCAGAGUUCCUGAUUCCAAGUCACCUGUGCUUUCUGGGACCAAAUGGUGGGCACCUGCUGGAGCCCGGGCAGAGCAGUUCUUGCUCCGUGCUACUUCAGACCUCACCACAGGUGGGGGUCCCAGUAGAAGGGCUCAGGGCCUGUGCCAGGCCUAUCAGUGCUGCUCAGACCCUCAUGGCCUCUCUUGUAAUUGUUUGCUCCCCCUUUCCUAUCACCAGCCAAGCACCUGGCCUUGAGAGCUGCCCUUUUGGGGGACCAGAGGUAGUGAGAGAAGGAAGCGGGUAGGCAGCGUGACAGGUGCUGCUUUCAAUUCCUCUGCAACUCCUCCCCCUUUUAUUUCCCCAGUUUAAGCAUAGGUCCUUCCAACUGUAGAAACUUCAGUCCCUCGGGCUGGCAGCCGCUGCAGGUAGCUGCCCCGGGGCAGGGGGCGCUGGCGGCUGGCGGCCAUGAGGAGGGUCGAAAGGCAGAAGGACUCUGGGUCUUGUUUCCAGCUCCCCUCCUCACUGCACAGUGACGUUCCCUCCCUCACUCCCCCUUUUUCCCAGAGCUAAUACACAGGUGCUAUUAUUCAGAAAAAAACUGGUCAACUUUGGCCAACAGUGAGGUUUCUUCUCUUCUGCCCUAACUAUUGUGUAGCCUCUUGUGCUGAAACUGGCUUCUGGCUUCUCCGGCUUCUCCGGCUUUCCGAGCCCUGAAACAAAGAGAAACAGGAUCUGUCUCUACCCAGCACAGCAAAUGGUUAUAGUAAUUGCCAAAGCCCUCAUCAACCCCUCCGGCUUGAGGAGAGGGUGUAAUCGUGGGUACUGCCGCUGUGCCCUGGCUGAAUCUCCCCCUCAGCCUUCUUGCUGUGAACUUGGGGCGUGGGGACCGAGUCUUUAGAGGCCAGCGUGCCCUCCUGCAGGGGCUGCUCCAGAGUGUGCCCUCCUUCCUCUCCUAGAUCACACAUCUCUGGCACAGGGCUGGCGUCAGGCCCCAGUGCUGAGCGUACCAGACGGUGUGCACCCCCUCCUUGCCUCCCACUGUGCACUCUGGAAGCUGAAGGUGCUUUCUUCAGAACUCUAAAAUGGCUGUCGAAGGUGCCCCCGGCUGCAACCCAGCAGUGACCAAAGUGGCAGGUGGAGGGCAGUGGUUCUCCCAAAUAGGAGUGCUGGGGCCUGGCUAGGCCAGGGUUUGGGCCUAAUGGCUUUGACUAAAUUACCCCCAUCCCCCUCCUUUCCGGAGAAGGGGGAGCCAGCACUACUCACUAUCAUUCUUCUCUGACCUUGAAGGGGGCGGUGUUGGCCUGGCUUCUGGAAUGGACGGAGUCUGCCUUGGAAAGGGCUGGGGGCAGGAGGAGGUGGGGAGGGCCACUGCCUGCAGAAGGUAGGAUUAGAUCAUUAGCUCAGUGACCUCCUAGGGUUUCGAUAUGCUGUGUUCUCAUCCUACAGCUGGUUUGGUAAUGAUCUGAAAGUCCCGGAGAGCAACAGCACAGCUCUGCCCGAUGCUCUCAUUAAAAUCUAUGCAGCCAAGCUCGGCGCUUUGUAGCAGCCGGCCUUGCGAAGCCUCCUCAGCUCGGGGGGCUGGGGACCCAGUCAGCCGAGAGGCCCUCUGGGCUCUACUUAUGCAUAUGUGCACCAAAAAAAAAAAAAAAAAGCUUCUUUAAACACAGAGCCCUUUAAGAUGAUAAAGGACCCUAUGCAGGUAAUUGUGUUAUCUUUGGAAUCCUGUAAUUGUAGAAUGCGAAGUUUAGUGAUUAUUUAAACUGGGCUGAGGCUGGUAAGAGUAUGGAGCAAUGGCCCCUAAGGACUCUAAGGGCUGAAGCCAAGGAGCCGCCUCCCUUCCCUAUUCUGCCCAGCCCAGGGGACCUGCCCCCAUUCCUGUGGCCCAGGGGCCCAGCUUCCUUCCACUCGGCAGUGUCAGAAGUGAGUUGUGACUCUGCCUUGGUUGUGAGAUGAGUACAUUCCAAGGGAGCAGCCACGGGGAGGGGGCAGGCUCAGCGAUCCCUUGGAGGCUCCGAGCAGCUGGCCCGAGCUCCAGCUCGCCUCCAACGGAAGCUCAAGCGCCCUCAGAAAUGACCCUGGCCGGUGUCACCGCAGAGCUGAGGCAGUGUUGUCAGGGCUAAUGUGAAAUCUCUUCGCGUGGCGCCGAUUCUCCGGCUCGGCAGCGCCAUCUCGGACAGAUUGAGGUCUCUGUGGCUUUGGUGACCCUGCGUAAGCAUUCCCACCGUGUCCCAGCUCUGCUUUCAGCCUGCUGCCCACUGCAACCCCCCUCACCUGACCUCAGGGCUUGAGGAGGGGGGCAGUGACCCCAAGGCCAGGGGCUUUUGCUCAGGAGAGAGGUCAGGCUUCCUGGGGGCUUUGAGCUCUACCGGGGUUCAGCCGACCUGGGACCAGGUGUCACCCAGAGAUGUGCCUCAGGAAGGGCUAGGGAACAAUUUUGUUACUGUAUUAACUUUAGUCACUUAACUCACUUGAGAAACUAACCAAUUUUUACUUUCUGUCUAGAAUGAUGUAUGUGUAGGAGAGAGAGCCAUCAUGCUCCUGAAGUGCCUUGUUUUCUCUGAUAUAAAUAUAUUUAUGAGGACCUGUCCAGUGGAUUCUUGGGUGUGUUUGCCACAUCAGGAUUUUAGGGAGUGGGCUUGUUACGUAGUGGGGUUACAGUCUGAAAAUGAGUCCCCUUCCCCUGAAGAUGGGAAUGGAGCUUGAGAUGCAGCUCUGAGCUCUAACCUUCAGGGGUUAAGCCAGACCCCUGACGUGACCCUUUCCUUGUCACCCUAUUCCUCUCAGGUCCUUAGAAGGAGGACUAGUUUUUCAAAGCCCCAUGCCUCCAAGCCUGGUCCUACUUGAGUCCCUGCCAGGCUCGUGUGUGUACCACAUUAGCACCCCAGUGACCUGAAGAUUCUGUGUAAUUGUUUUACGUAUACAUGCGAAUGCAUAAAUGCCAACAUCUUAAAUAAUUUGAUAAAGUCUUUGUAACCAUGCA